UAUAUGUUUAUAAUAUAACGAGUAAUGAUAAAGAAAGAACCAAACAAUAUGCCUUACGCAUGCAACGAGCAGCUCCCAUGGAUUCCUCUCAUCUCAACUAUUGGGUUUCUUAUUCUCCUCGGGUACUUCAUCUCCCUCAUCAUAUGGUUCUCCAACACCUUCUUCAGACCCCCGAAGUAUCUCCGGAAGCAUUACGGCUCCUGGGCCAUUGUCACGGGGUGCACUGACGGCAUCGGCCGGGCCUUUGCCCGUAAGCUGGCUCGAGAAGGGCUCAACCUCAUCCUCGUCAGCCGAAGCCCUGACAAGCUCGAGCAGCUCUCUACAGAACUACGUCUAGCCACAAACAACCGUAUCCUCGUUCAUAUUCUCGUGUUGGAUUUUUCCGACAAGGAUGUCUCGGGCGGCGUCAGGGAGAUCGAGGAGAUGGCCUGGAACCUUGAUGUUGGCGUCCUCAUAAACAACGUCGGGAUCACCUACCCGGCAGCGAGGUUCUUCCAUGAGGUGGAUGAGGAGGUUUGGACGAAGAUUGUCAGGGUUAACGUGAAGGGCACGCUCAGAGUCACGAGAGCGGUUCUGCCUGGGAUGGUCCGGAGAGGGAGAGGCGCGGUCGUAAACAUAGGCUCAGGAGCAGCCAUUGUAGUUCCUUCACACCCUCUCUUCACAAUAUAUGCUGCUACAAAAGCAUUUGUGGACCAAUUGUCGAGAUCCCUACAUGUAGAAUACAAGCACCACGGCAUUGAUGUCCAGUGUCAGGUACCUCUCUAUAUCGCGACCAAAAUGGCGUCCAAAGUGGCAUCGAUUGAGAGCUCGUCCGUUUUCGUGCCAUCCCCUGAGGACUAUGCAGAAGCUGCCGUUCGUCACAUCGGGUACGACUCACGGUGCAUGCCCUAUUGGCCCCACUUGGUCCAGUGGUUCUUCGCACGCUUGGUCCCCGAUAGCCUUCUCGAUUCAUGGCGUCUCUCGCUUGGCCUCAAAAGGAGGGCUAAAACACCUCCUUGAUAAUCGAUAGAUGUCCUUCCCAAUCAUCAUCUUCCGGCAUACAUUACAUUGCAUUUGGUGCAUUAUAAUGUGGUAGUUAACAACGAAAACACGACUUUCGUGUUAUAUAUAAAGUACUCUCUCCAUCAACAAUUGAUUGAAAUUUACUUUCACCAAAAGCCAAAAGGAAUUAGUAUUGGCGGGUUUGCCUCGUACAAA